AUGCCCAGUAAAUAUAACCUAGGUGGAAUCAGUUUAGAAAAUAUAUCAGAGUUAACCGAUAAUAAUAGAAACUAUUCAGGAAAGAAAUCUGAUGAUACCAAUGGGUGUGAGAAAUUGAUUCCUGAAAUUAAUCAUGAGAAAACUCAUACUGGAGAGAAACUUAAUGAAUUUAAUAAAAAUGAGAGCACUUGCUAUCAUAAUGAGGAUUUUAUUCAGCAACAGGAGAGUCACAGUGUGGAUAAUGCCCUCUUCAUUACUCAAGAGGGAACUCACACAAGUGAGAAACUCUGUGAUUAUGGUGAAUGUGAGAAAACCAUCAAGGAUGAGUCAAACCUCAUGUUACAUCAGGUAAUUUACUCAAGGAAGAAUCACUAUAAACUUAAUGAAUGUGGGGACACCUGUGAUAAGUCAGUCCUCUGGAAGAAACGUCAUAGACUUCACAUGGGUGAGAAAUACCACAAGCAUAACAUAUGUGGAAAAGCGUUCUUCCAGCAGUCAAACCUCACAGUACACCAGAAAACACACACAGGAGAAAAACCCUAUCAAUGUAAUGAAUGUGAGAAAUCUUUUUACCAUAAGCCAGCCCUCACUGUAUAUCAAAUAAUUCAUACAGGAGAGAGACCCUAUGAAUGUACUAAGUGUGGGAAAACCUAUCAGAAGUCAGCUCUCCAUUGUCAACAUCAAAGAACACACACAGGGGAGAGGCCUUAUAAAUGUAGUGAGUGUGGAAAAUCUUUCUCCCAAAAGUCAGACUUGACUGUGCAUCAGAGGUCUCACACAGGAGAAAGACCUUAUAAAUGUUAUGAGUUUGAGAAAUCCUUCUGUAUAAAGUCAAAACUUACUGUACAUCAGAGAAUACACUCAGGGGAGAAGCCCUACGAAUGUAGUGAAUGUGGGAAGAUGUAUUAUAUGAAGUCAACCCUCAAUAAACAUCAAAGACUUCACACAGGGGAGAAAAUAUAUGAAUGCAGUGAAUGUAGGAAGACCUUCUGUGGGAAGUCAGUUCUCCUUAAAUAUCAGAGAGCUCAUACAGGGGAGAAACCUUACGAAUGUGUUGAAUGUAGGAAAACCUUUUCUGAGAAGUCAACCCUCAGUAAACAUCAGAGGAUUCAUACCGGGGAGAAACCCUUUGAAUGUAACAAAUGCAGGAAAGCUUUCUGCCAAAAGUCACAACUCAUUCAACACAGAAUUCAUACAGGGGAGAGACCCUAUGAAUGUAACGAAUGUGGGAGAACGUUUUGCCAGGCCUCCCUCAGUGUACAUCAGAGAACACACAGGAGGAAGCCCUAUGAUUGUAACGAAUGUGGAAAAUCUUUCUUUAAUAGUUCAACCCUCGUUAAGCAUAAGAGAAUUCACUCAGGGGAGAAACCCUAUAAUUGUAAUGAGUGUGGGAAGACCUUCAGCCACAAACCCACUCUUGCCACACAUCAGGGAAUACACACAGAAGAGAAACAAUGUAAAGACAUUUGUACAAAACACUCCUCCCAUAAUUCAGAGCCUUUGGUAUGACAGAAACUAUAUCUGGGGAAGAAACUCUAUGCGUGUAAUGAAUGUGAGAAGUCCUUCUACCAGAAGUCAGCUUUCAGUUGAUACCAGAGAACUCAAACGGAAGAAACCCUGGCAGUGUUUUUAUCAAUAUACAUUUCCUUUUGCUACUGGGCACAUUGUUAGUCUGUAUUUCUGAGUUUCUCUUGCAACCACGUGGGACUAUGUGAAUGAGAGCUGGCCAAUGAGAUGUGUGCAUAAUGAUGUCAUUCACUUCUAGGUCUGAGACAUAAUGGGCUCCGUGGCAGUCCUUUGUGUUCUCUGUUCUCUGUGGGGUAGGAAUGUAGUUGCCUUCCAUUGAGAGGUCUGUAUGCACUGUAUGUUGGUGAACUCACACAAGAGUGGAGACUCCUGUCAAAAUCCUGAAUGUUUAGAAGCCUCGUCCAUAAAUCAAACUCACUGUAAUGGGAAAAAUCAGAGUCAAGAAAUCUAUUGGUUACAACAAAUGUAGAAAGGCUUUACUAAAAGGUGAUUAAUAUUUCACUGAACCUCAGGUAAAUCAGAGUACAGUAAAACUUUAUAAACGUUUGGCUUUCUGAAAGUUUUCAGUAAAACAUACUUUAUUAUAUUUCAGAGAAUUUUUACUGAGGGAAACAAUUUAGAAAACAAAGAAAUUUUUUGUUUAGAAAAAUGUUUGUUUUGGUAACAAAACUUUUGCUAAAUAUAAUAAAAUAUCUUCUAUGUAUGUAGCCGCUGUAGUACAUGUGUUUUUGUAAAACAUCACAAAUAUUUUGAAUGAAUCAUGUAUACAGCGUUAUGUAUGUGUGAAAAGUCCUUGAGCUGUGGGAGACUUUUAUAUGUGAGUGUAUUGUAUAAUAUUUUCUGUGUUUAAAAUUUUCACUGGAACCCAAUAGAAUCAAACUAAAACAUCAAGAUCCUUAAUU